AGGACAUCUGUGACACAGAACCACAGACAUGGCAGCCAUAAACACAGAUGGUAUAGAGACAGAGCCCCUGAUUGAUGAGGAACUACAGGCACCAGAAGAAUCACAGGAAGGAGGAACACCAGAAGGAACAGACCUACAAGACCUCAGGAUAGUGCUUGUUGGGAAAACUGGAGUUGGAAAAAGUGCAACAGGAAACACCAUCUUAGGGACAAGAGCUUUUACAUCUGUAGUAUCUCCUUCCACAGUAACAUCAGAGUGUCAAAAAGCUAUAGGAGAGUUUGAAGGUAAAACCCUGGCUGUAGUUGAUACACCAGGUCUGCUUGAGACUGGAGAUAUUAAGGGACUAAAGAGAGAAAUUUCUGCAUGUGUCUCAUUAGCUGCUCCUGGUCCUCAUGUGAUCCUGGUUGUGAUCAGAAUUGAUAGAUUCAGUAAAGAAGAUAAAAAAACAAUAAAAAAUAUUCAAAAAUUGUUUGGAGAAGAAGCAACACGUUACAUUUUGGCCUUAUUCACCUAUGGAGACAGUCUGAGGGCUGAUGAAAUGACCAUAGAAACAUUUAUUGGUCAAAAUCAAGUUCUCAGUGACUUCAUCCAUCACUUUAAAGGAGGAUAUUACUACUUCAACAACAAAAGCAAGGAUCGCUCGCAGGUCAAAGAGCUGUUGGAGAAGAUCGACAAAAUGCUUCAGCUAAACGGAGGAAGAUACUACACCAAUGAAAAGUUCAUGCAGGCAGAGAGAGCCAUUAAAGAGGAGAUGGAACGACUUCGGACAGAAAAUCCAGAGAUGACACACAGAGAGGCAAGAAGACAAGCGGAGAGAAAAAACAAGUUUAUUGAAGGAGGUAUUGUUGGAGGUGCUGCUUUUGUUGGAGCUGCUGCUGGAAUUGGUAUCGGAAUUGGCAUUGAAGCUGGAGUUGGAGGUGCUGUUGGAGCUGUGGGGGGACCGGUGGGAGCUGCAGUGGGAGCUGCAGUUGGAGCUGCAGUAGGAGGUGUCACUCUGUUAGUAAGACAAAUGAAACAAAACCGUGAAAGCCAGGCUUCAUAAUCUUUAAAGUGAAGUUUAGUCACAUUAACAGAAGAAGAUACAGGAAAAUAAUAACAGUUUUCUGUUAUUUUAUCAUAUUUUUGUUUGGGGGAUUUUGCUCUAAUGUCUUUACUUACAGGCUGAUUUCUGACAUUUUGUAGAGUAUACAACAAGUGUCUGUCUUACUGGUCAAUGUUAGGAUUAUUGAUUAUGUGAUUUAUAAGACAGUUUGACUGUGAAACAAUAAACCUGUCAGGUUGUGUAAAUGUGUUUUGGAGCCGUAUGAAUGCUGAAACUGAAUGCAAAGUUUCAUUUCUUGAAUGAUGCCUCAUGCAAAGAUUCUGUUCAUAAAGAUAAUUGAGUGCAUUUUUGAUUCAAGUGAUUAAAAGGUCAGGUAAAUGAAAAGCGGUAAAUUCCUAAUACAUCUAGAACCAAUAGAUUACAUUUUGUGAAUUUAUAAAAAUAAAAAAAAAUGUCAGUGUGUUGGUGUGAACUAUGAAGGAGUCUUAUUCAUUUUUUCAGUGUAAUAAAAAUGAAUGAUAUCAUCUCUUAUUCCCUGACCUAAAAUCACUUAGUUAAUUUUGACAUGUGUGGGAUUAAACUGCUGACAGUUGAGUAGGUGGUUAUGUUGCCCUGGGUACUCUCAAAAGACCUUGUAUUUUCACUUUUUGAUUAAAUAGAGAUUAAAAAGAUGUGGGUGGUUGUGCAGAUUGUCUUUUUUGUUUUUCAUUUUUCUGGCUGCAAGGUUUUCUAAAUUCUUCUCCUGAAAAACAGGGUUACUUUGAGUACUUUUACAGUAGACCAAUGAUGAACUGGGCUGAUUACAUUUCCAUAAGGAGAGAUCACUUUCAAGAAUUGAACAUGAUUUAUUGAGAUAGAGAAGGUAAUGUAUUUGGCGAUUAGACUUUGAUGACCCCACAUUGUAGAAUGGAAUUCACAAAUGAGUCUUAAAUGAAGAGGUAAAGGUAGAGAGCACAGAAUUACAGUUGAAACCAUAUAUUUACAUACACUUUAGAAAAUAACACAAUAACAUCAAAUCUGAAUAAAUGUUUUUGUUUUUGAUCAGUAAAUAUUAACAUAU